GCUUGUAAAGUUGUAGGGGUAGAGGACCCAAACAAGAUUCCAAAUGCUUGGAUGACGGCAAGCUCAGAGGCUCGUACAUUGUUAAGAGCAUCCAACGGACGAGUGAAUAUGAAGAAGGGGUGGUACCGAUGGUGUCCAUCGACUAAAAGUGACCAAUCAGACUAUCUUCAAGUUGAUAUAGGCGCAGUGCGUAAUGUUUGUGCGGUCGCCACACAAAGCAGACACUCGGAGCAUGCCAAAACGUAUUACUUACAAAUUUCAGUGGAUGGUGUAAACUGGAACACGUACGAGGAGAACAAAGCAAAAAAGGUAAACUGUAACUUAGUAUCCCGUACCUUCCCCAUGCCUACGCGGGAGCCGUAGCUUUCCCACUGUUUCCCUUUCUGAGGUUACACGUAGGCUAGAAAACCAUCUGGAGAGGGUUCCUUCGCUGAAGGAGGCUGAUGCAUCGGAUACAUGAGCUCAUAGACCUUAUUCCCACGUUCACGUGAGAAGGGUAUCAACUUGAAGCUUGUAUUCAUUGCAAAUCCAAGCUAUAGGGUGCCGGAUUGGAUCCUGAGGUUUCUGUCUUUAUUUAGCCUUUAAGUAAUGAUCCGGGUAAGGUGGAUAGCAAUUUCUUUUGUUAUGCGGCAACGGUGCUUUCCCCACAUAGGAAUGUUCUCAUUUUUACACAGAGAAUACAUAAACCUACAUGAAGGCCGUUUACGCAAUAAAAUGCAUUUACACUCCACUUUGAAAGGGUGUUUUUGUGUAUGAAAAGAUUUUGACCAAUCACAAGAGUUGAAAACAAUAGCCAAGAAAAGUUUACAAUUUUACAUGUUCCCCACAUAGGAUUUCUUUGUUAUUCAAACUGAGACCAGAUUUUGUUAUAUGGAAUAUGGUUGGAAAGUAAGGAUAAAUAUAUGUACUGAUUUAUGAAGUUUUGUUAACUUUUGCUGUUUAAGCCAAUCAGAAGUAAGUACAGACAAUAGAAAAGUUAGCACCUUUUUUGCAUUCCAUCAUGUUCGUUGCCGUUCAGUGCUAUCGCUCUUAUCUGGACUGUUUCUUAAAAGCCUCGCAGCGUUCAGGUAUUUCUUUCUCUUUUAUGAAUAAGCAGAAUAAUUGUUUAUGGAGGUGAAUAAACCAAAGAGAAGCAGUUUGAUUGUAGGUGCAUGUUGUCCCAUCUUUUUAAAGGUAAUACCUUUCAUGAUGUAAUAACGUAAUAAGUGACAAAAAUUAAAUGAAUAAAAUGGUUAGCCUCGAACUCGAUUUAUUGUGCGUGCACACUUGAGUGGGGUGUGACAAAGGGUCUCUUCAUUUGACGAACUGACAACUUUGUCGCAUUCAAGUAUGCCAUUUAAGGAUCGUCUAUUUAUUGAUUGUACUUAUUAUGGUGUUACCGAUCCUGUCCAGUCCUGUAAUUUAGGUUAGCUACAAUAGGAGUAAAUGAACUUAUUAUUUUAUUUCAUUUCAUUCAGGAGAGGAUUAAAAAAGCGAUUUCAUGAGGGUUCCCUGGGAGUUCCAAAGGGUUCAUGAUCAGCGUGCUAUUUCCCCUUUGUAGCGACCUUCUUGUCACACUGAAUUAAAAUGUCAACCCUUUUUAUUAUUACGAGAGGCUUGAGAGCAGCAUGAUGUGCCUUUACUGCAGAAAACGAAAUAUGAUUUUUGAAAAGAAAGCUAUAUUUCGACAUUAAUCUACACCAUUUAAGUAAUCUAUUAAAUAUCAUGUUGAUGAUGGUGUGCUGAUGCCGUCGAAAAUCGAAAAGUACGUACUGGACUUUUCCAUUUAACAUUGUAUUUUUUGUUCUACAUUCUAAGCACAUUAUAGUGCUAAAGAAAUUCAGGGCUAAAGGAUUAGCUGUUCAUGGUUAUUUUUUAUUCACUUUGAUUUCUAAAAAUAGUUGCUAACGGUGAGUAAAGUUAAAAUCACCCCGUUUUUAAGACAAACAUUUGCAGGAUGAAUCCACUAAAUUUACAUUUUUUUUAUUUCAUGUACAUACCACUUGCAUAAUUGAAAUGUCAAUAAAUCUGUCUUCUUGACAAUAAAUCGUCUGGGUAAACUAAAAUAAACUCAUGACUAACGUGUGCAGAAACGGUUUGUUAUAAAAUAUGUAAUUCAUAUUUCAGUCUAAUUUCAUCAACGGGAGAUAAAGACCUUACUUUAUGUUCUCUUGAUUUCAUUCACUAUACCUUAGGUCAGAUCAGUGUCAUUGUAUUUCAUCAUCGUCAGACGAUGGUUAUUAUGGCCAUGUUUCAGCCAACUGCUUCCCUUUUUGAAGUAAACGAUUCAUUAAUUAAUGAUUUUUUUAACUUCAGGUUUUCCAAGCAAGUACCGUUUUGUAUAGUGUCGUGCAACAGAAACUCAGCCAAGUGGUGAAAGCAAGAUUUGUUAGGUUUUUUCCCAUAACAUAUAAUGGUUGGCCUUGUUUGGCUGUUGAAAUAUAUGUCCUGACACAUGGAUCCUAAGGCUCAAUUAAAUACCAGGGUUCGGGUUAGGGUUUAUUUUGGGUAGGGUCAUCGCAAAUCUCAGUAAUCAAAGCUAGGAUUCCGGCAUUCACGUCCAGUCCUUUUUUAGUAUACAGCACGACGCUGUUUAAACGUUUAUAGACUGG